ACAACAACAAAAAAUAUCCAAUGGUAAAACGGCCUGAGUAAAACUCUUAUUUAUCCACCAUCUUUGGGGUUAAUAUUGCCCAGCGGUGCAAAACGAACUGCACGGUGGUCAUGUGAUGUACACGGAAGUGUAACUCCUCCGCACCGCAGUUGUCAGUACCUUGCAGAGUUGUAGAACCGGUCUACACCGUUAACGUCUAAGUAGUAUAUUGAAACAGCUGGUUAAUGUAGCCUAGGUUAGUAGUCAGCUCGUAUCUAGUCGUCUCUGCGGUCAUGUUAUUGUUGAGUGUUGUUAGCAGUGUAUGUCUGCUCCUAGCGACACUACAGGCGGUACAAUGUGACGCCGAAUUGAACACAUCUACAGGUGUGAAUACCGGACAACUCGGGAAGUAUUCGGUGCAGCUCGUGACUAACUCGUCCAACGGCACCGACCUAACCUACGGCUUCGUCUCGUGCGGGGUGGCCGUUCUGUUUUACGGUUCUAACUUUGUCCCGGUGAAGAAGAUACCCACUGGAGACGGUCUGUUCUUCCAGUGGGUGCUGUGUGCAGCAGUCUGGAGCGUAUCUCUGGUGGUCAACAUUAUUCUGGGGUCUCCCACCUUCUGGCCGCUAGCCAUGCUGGGGGGGGCCAUCUGGGCUACAGGUAACAUCACGGUGGUCCCCAUAGUGAAAACCAUCGGUCUGGGUCUGGGCCUCCUCAUCUGGGCCUCUUUCAACCUCCUCAUUGGUUGGGCAAGCUCCAGGUUUGGCUGGUUUGGGAUCGAUGCUGAGGAAGUUUCUAACCCAACACUCAACUACUGUGGAGCAGGAUGCUGUCUGCUCAGUGCUGUGAUCUUCUUCUUUGUGAAGAGUGAUGUUCACAGUCAGUCCUCCAGACCAGAAGAGGAGGAGCCACUACUCAUAGACGGCUGUGUAAAUGCAGAUGGUGGGACGUCGUCUGAUGACUCGUUUGACACACUAAGACCGCGGACCAAACGACUGGUUGGUUCUCUCCUAGCUGUGGCAGCAGGUUUGUUGUACGGUACCUCUUUUGUUCCAGUUCUCUACAUUAAGAACCACGCAGCACAUCAUGACAGCCACUUCACCGGGGCAAGCCAGUUUGAUCUGGACUAUGUGUUGCCCAGUUUCAGUGGGAUAUUCCUGACCAGUACGGUCUACUUCCUGAUCUACUGCGCUGCCAUGAAGAACACACCUAGAGUCUACCCUAGAGCAAUACUACCUGGCUUUGUCUCUGGGGUGAUGUGGGGUAUUGCUACCUGCUGCUGGUUUCUGGCCAACACCUACCUGAGUGCUGUGGUCAGUUUCCCCAUAAUAACCACGGGUCCUGGUCUGAUUGCAGCUCUUUGGGGAGUGGUGGUCUUUAAGGAGGUAAAGGGUUGGUGUAACUUCCUCAUCCUGGGCAUGGCGUUCUCAUUGGUUCUCGCUGGAGCCCUGCUGACAGCCUUCUCCAAGGUGUGACACACACCUGGUCUAAGGUGUUAUGACUUUCCGCCAGACACUCAGGGAACCAGGAUGGUUACUGUACUCCAAAAGGGAACUGUCUUUUCACCUAGUUUCUAUGGAAAUCAUUUCUAGUUAGUCUCUUAAUAUUUUAAUGUUUGAUAAAAUUAUUUGUCUAUUUCCAUGAAUUCAUCUCAAAGGGAUACUAUUUUUUAUGAAGUUAUCUAAUGUGAUACCAGUGGAUGAAGAGGGUUAGCUGUAGAGUUAUAUAAUGUCAUGUUACAGCCAGUGGAUGAAGAGGGUUAGCUGUAGAGUUAUAUAAUGUCAUGUUACAGCCAGUGGAUGAAGAGGGUUAGCUGUAGAGUUAUAUAAUGUCAUGUUACAGCCAGUGGAUGAAGAGGGUUAGCUGUAGAGUUAUAUAAUGUCAUGUUACAGCCAGUGGAUGAAGAGGGUUAGCUGUAGAGUUAUAUAAUGUCAUGUUACAGCCAGUGGAUGAAGAGGGUUAGCUGUAGAGUUAUAUAUGUUUAGCUGUAGAGUCAAUACUUACUGUUGAUCUGGCCAUCCAAUGUACGGGACAUUGCAAGUCAACCUGCAACGUAAACACUUCUAAGAUCAACACGACUAAACUAGAAAAAGGUACAUUUGUUGAAAAUGCGUUCAGCUCUUUGAAAGGUUUUGUAGCCUACCAUAGCCAUCUGAUAUGUUGAAUCAUUAUAUAAAAGGCGUUGUUGGGUUCUGAGAAUAUGAAAUAUACGUAUUCAUGUCACUGAGGGAGGGUAAUGUAACGUUUACAUUGUCAGGAUAUGUCAGAGGUAGGGUAAUGUAUAACGUUUACAUUAUGUCACUGAGGGAGGGUAAUGUAUAACGUUUACAUUAAGUCAGGAUAUGUUAUUGUUUGCCAUCGGGGAUCCUCUGGGAGGAGAAGAGACAGUCUGGUACCAGUCACCAUGACAGCCGAGGAGUGAGAGGUCAGAUGAAGUGAGGUAGAACAGAUAUCACCAAGGUUCUGCCUCUCAACAGAGAUGAAUUGGUUGUUCAGAUGUGUAGGAGGAGACUCGGCAUAGGAGGAAGGGUUAAAUAUCAGUGCUGUGUGAAUGUUUUUGUUGGUUCAGCUGUUCGAUCAUUUGGGAUGAAUAAACUUGGUUUAAGCUUUCA